CGGAUCUCCAGAGCAGGAGGAACAUCUGAAUGAGCGUAGUCCAGCUGAGAGAAGGAGGUGUUGCCCUCGGGGAUCAGGAUGACUUGCUGUUUGUGAGUUGACAGGGUAUCUUGUGACUUUUUUUUUUUUUUUUUUUUGGCAGAAGAGGAAGGGAGGAAGUGAAUGACACAAAUCACAGUGCAGCCUGUGCAGUUUUUGUCCUUAGUUCCCAGUUUUGAGCAGCUGUGAUUGAUUCGAGAAAGCGCUGGGGGAAGACGAGCUGAGCUUUCCAUCCGUGGACUUCCAGCCAGCUCUUGCAGGAGAGUCGCUGCGGGGACGGCGGCUGGUAUGGACCGCGGCUUCCCUUCUUUACGGUCUGAGGCGGCUGGAGCCGUCAGGACAAUGCUGGCUUCUGCCGAGAGCUUACAGCUCACUCUGAAGCCUGAGCUCAGUCAGGAAGAGCAGGCCCUCACACACACCAACGGCAAACCAAAGGAGACGCACAAAGCCGGGAAUGAAGACCUGAAAGAGAUGCUGGAGAGCAACAAGGAGUCCCUCAAACUGGAGGCCAUGAAGAGGGUUGUUGGGCUCAUCUCUAAAGGGAAAAAUGCAUCCGAGUUGUUUCCAGCUGUUGUGAAGAACGUUGCGAGUAAGAACAUCGAGUUAAAGAAACUUGUGUAUGUGUACCUGGUGAGGUAUGCAGAGGAGCAGCAGGACUUGGCUCUGUUGUCCAUCAGCACCUUUCAGCGGGCACUUAAGGAUCCAAACCAGUUUAUCCGAGCGAGUGCUCUAAGGGUUUUGUCCAGCAUUCGAGUGCCUAUAAUUGUACCCAUUAUGAUGCUGGCCAUCAAAGAGGCUGCCACUGACCUGUCUCCAUACGUGAGGAAGACUUCUGCUCAUGCAAUCCAAAAGCUGUACAGCUUGGAUCCAGACCAGAAGGAGCAGCUGAUCGAAGUGAUCGAGAAACUCCUCAAAGACAAGAGCACCCUUGUGGCCGGCAGUGUUGUGGUGGCCUUCGAGGAGGUCUGCCCCGAUCGCAUCGAUCUGAUUCACAAGAACUACAGGAAGCUGUGCAACCUGCUGGUGGAUGUGGAGGAGUGGGGUCAGGUGGUCAUCAUCUCCAUGCUGACGCGCUACGCCAGAACGCAGUUCACCAGCCCCUGGAAGGAGGAUGCCGUGUUUGAUGAGAACAACGAGAAAACCUUCUAUGACUCGGACUCGGAGGAGAAAAAGGGUCCGACCGAAGCCAAACCGUACAUGAUGGAUCCAGACCACAGACUCCUGCUGAGGAACACCAAACCUCUGCUGCAGAGCCGGAACACCGCGGUCGUGAUGUCUGUUGCUCAACUUUACUGGCACCUGGCGCCAAAACACGAAGUUAGUGUCGUCACCAAGUCUCUUGUUCGGCUGCUGAGGAGCCACAGAGAGGUGCAGUACAUCGUUUUGCAGAACAUUGCCACCAUGUCCAUUCAGAGGAAGGGAAUGUUUGAGCCGUACAUGAAGAGCUUCUACGUGAGGUCCACUGACCCCACGCACAUAAAGACCUUGAAGCUGGAGAUCCUGACCAAUCUGGCCAAUGAAGCCAACAUCUCCACCAUUCUGAGGGAAUUUCAGACAUAUGUAAAGAGUCAGGACAAAGCGUUUGCUGCCGCCACCAUUCAGGCCAUCGGCAGGUGUGCCACUAACAUCUCAGAAGUGACGGACACCUGCCUCAACGGUCUGGUCCUACUGCUUUCCAACAGAGACGAAACCGUUGUCGCAGAAAGUGUGGUGGUCAUCAAGAAGCUGCUUCAGACCCAGCCAACGCAGCACAGCGAGAUCAUCAAACACAUGGCUAAGCUUUUCGACAACAUCACUGUGCCGAUGGCGAGGGCCAGCAUCCUGUGGUUGAUGGGCGAGUACUGUGACAGGGUGCCAAAGAUUGCGCCCGAUGUGCUUCGAAAGAUGGCGAAAAUUUUCACUACCGAGGAGGACAUCGUCAAGUUACAGACCGUCAACCUGGCUGCCAAACUCUACUUGACUAACUCCAAGCAGACCAAGCUGCUGACCCAGUACAUCCUGAACCUCGGCAAAUACGACCAGAACUAUGACAUCCGAGACCGCACGCGCUUUAUCAGGCAGCUGAUCGUACCCAGCGAGAAAAGCGGCGCCCUCAACAAGUACGCCCGCCGCAUCUUACUGGCCCCUAAACCCGCUCCGGUGCUGGAGUCGGCCUUCAAAGAUCGAGAUCGUUUCCAGCUGGGAACGCUCUCCCACAGCCUGAACGUUAAAGCCUCUGGGUACCAGGAGCUCUCCGACUGGCCGGCCGUCGCCCCCGACCCGUCUGUGAGGAACGUGGAGGUCAUUGAACCGGUGAAGGAGUGGGCACCAUCACUUGGAAAGGCUAAACAGCCGAAAUCAGAUGCAAAAUUUUACUCAGAUGAUGAAGAAAAGGAAGAGGAAGGAUCUGAACGCAGCACCAGCAGCGAAGACGACAGCAGCAGCAGCAGCAGCAGCAGUAAAGACUCGGACAGUGGGAGCGAGGAGGAAAGCAGUGAGGAGUCAGAGAAGACCUCCAGUGGUUCUGGAGGGAGCUCCAGCGGAUCAGAAAAGAGCUCCAGCGAUGCUGAAUCUGAGCAAAGGCAGAAGAAGAAGACCAAGAAAAGGACAAGGAAGCCAGCAGCUUCUGACAGUGACUCGGAUGAGAAUGGAAACGCGGAUCAGGCCAGCAGCUCAGCGACUGAAAGCUCCUCCGAGUCCGAGUCCGACUCUGGCUCGGACUCACCAGCACCCCAAAAGAAGGCAGAAGCCAACACCCAACCCAAGAUGGCAGUAAAGUCCAAGAAGGAGGUGUCUCUACUGGAUCUAGAUGACUUUUCUCCUGUAGUCACAAACGCUCCAAAGCCUUCAGUCAUCUCCUCCAGCCUGCUGUCCGACCUCGAAGGCCUCUCUCUUUCCAACGUCUCCUCCGCUGUGCAGGUCACGUCUCCGUCUUUCGGUCCGGUAAAAACCUACGAGCUGCUGCACCACAUGACGGGAAAAGGGCUGGCGGCCAAGUACCAUUUCCCCAGACAGCCAUGUUUGUACCAGCCCAGCAUGGUGUCGGUGCAGGUCAUACUGACCAACAACUCGGACCACGCCCUGGAGGAGAUCCAUAUAGGGGAGCGCAGCCCGGCCAGCCUGAACGUCCACUGCUUUAACACCAUUGAGCGUCUGGAGCCGGGGGCGUCGGUAACGGUUUCCAUGGGUGUCGACUUUAGCGACUCGACACAAGCAGCCAACUUCCAGCUGUGUACCAAGGAGGACCAGUUCGGCGUGUCCAUCCAGCCCGCCGUGGGAGAGCUGCUGAUGCCCUUCACCAUGACAGAAGCUGACUUCAGCAGAGAGCAAAGAAAUCUGCAGGGCAUGAACGAAACCUCGGCAACCGUCACCAUGGCAACAGCCAACACCCCCCGCCAGGCCAUCAGCAAGCAGGUGCUGUCUGUAGCCAAUGUCGGAGCGGUGUCAUCCAGCCAGGACAACAUGCUCAGGUUCUCCGGACGGACAGUCAGCAGCAAAGCUCUGCUUCUGGUUUCUCUGGACCUGAAGGACUCGUCCGCCGUCCUGCUCACCAUCAACACCGAGAAAACCGUCAUGGCGUCCAUGUUGCUCCGAGACCUGACGCGAGCCCUGGCCCAGGCGUAGAGCGUGCUGCCUUUAACCGCUGCAGUGGCUUUAAGUCUGAACAUGAAGAUCUCACAUAUUUAUUCCCAUGUUUCAGCCCAGAUGCUGGAUUUUCACCACCGUUUCCUCCAGAAUCCAGCAGGGAUGAUCUGUGGUUUGAAGAGCAGCGUAAAAAAUAACUAAACACUUAUUUUUAUUUAAAGAAAAGUUCUGAAAUGUGGGAAUAAAUAUGAUCAUUUUGACUCCAGUAAAAGUAUUUCAAAAUUCAACGUGCCACUUUACUUUAUUACGCAGAAAAACCUGAUAAAACAUACAGAGUUGAUAUUAACCUUUUUCGCAUGUUUAUCCAUCUAAACAAGAAAUUAGAUGCUUUCAUGGUUUUUCAAAUUGACAUUUCCUGUUAAUUAUUAAGGAAAAACAUGAGUUUCCAAUAAAUUAUUUUCCUUUGCAAAGCUUUUGUUUAAAGUCUAUAAAAAUGUCUUCAAGGCUGGAAAAAAACAGGCUCCACCCACUUUUAUAAUCUGUGUUUUCUGAACAAUAAACUUGAUCAAAACUGGAAAUGCAA